AUGAGCGACACUGGAGCAGCAGCACAAACACCAGCAGCAGCCAGCGUGGAAGGCUCCAGUGCAGCAGCAGCGACUUCAGCAGCUGAAGCUGCUGCAGCAGCAAAUGCAACACCUGCUGCAGCGAGCGAGCAGCAGGUGCCCAUUUCCUGCGGCGCGGGGUCCGACCCCGCAGACCACGCUUCUGCUGUUGCUGCUGCUGCUGCAUCAGUGCCUUCUCUCCCGCAAAUUUUAAAGACUGAGGCUGGCUGCUGCUUGCUGUGCCGUGAGAAGAAAGGCUUGACGCUGCUGCAGCUGCUGAAGGUGCAGCUGGCUCCCCAGGAAGCAGCAGCAGCAGCAGCGCCAGAUGCAGCAGCAGACGCUGGCGCAGCAGCGGCCGCUGCUGCAGCAAGUGGGCAGCAACCAGCUUCUCCAGAGAGUCAGUCAGCCAGCACUACAGCCAAAGAUGAGAAGAGCAGCGAAAGGCAGGUGGCAGCGCAGCAGCAGCAGCAGCAGCAGCGAACUGUGCUGAUGCCGCUGCUGUUUGUCCCGGGUGCAACAAAAGAGGCCUUGUGGUCUCCCUGUGGCAGGAGAUUAGCUGUCGUUACUGCUGCUGGCGAGCUGCUGCUGCUGGAGCAUCCCACGUGGAGUGUGGGGCCGCAGCUGCAGCAGGAAGCAGCUUACCAGCUGCUGAGGGCUGACUGGCUGCUGAAGCAGGAUGAGGGCGAGCUGAAAAGGCCUUCAACUGCUGCUGCUGCUGCUGCUGCAAUAGCUGGCGCCACGCCCGCUGCUGCACCCACGGCAGCUCAAGCAGCAGCAGCAGCGAUGAGGGGGCACGUGCUGCAGUUAGUAGCUGAGGAGCUGCAGCAGAAGCUGGUAACUGUGUCACUAAAGCCCGAAAUAGUUCCUCAGGAUGACCAGCAGCAGCAGCAAGAAGUCCUGCAGGUGGACCAGGAGGCGCAGGUGAAAGCCCUCCACUGGUCACCACUGGGCACUUUCCUGGUAGCCAACAUUCAGCCUGACAUGAGGACUCAGCUGAUGCAGCAGCAGCAGCGCGGCAGCAGCGCCGCGAGUGCUGAAGGCGGGGCCGAAGCUCCAUCCAGCAAAGCAGAUGCUGCAUCUACAGCAGCUUCGGGAGCGGCUGCGGGAACGCCUGCAGCAGGGGCGUCGGGAGCAGCAGCAACACCAGCAGCAGCAUCUGAGCACAAUGUUUUUGUUUGGGAAGCAGCAACGGGUAAGGUCGUUGUGUCCCUGCAGCAGAAGAGGCUCGUUUGGCCUCUGCUGCAGUGGCGGGAUGAUGAAGCUUUUUGCUGCAUCCCAAGAAGGCCUCACUUGUUGGUCUAUGCUGGCAACAACCUGAGUCGUCUUCUUUUUCGCAUUUUCGUGAGGCGCCUAAAGACGUUUGAGAUCGGCCCUGCGCUUCAAUCGCAGCAGGAGCAACCUCCACAGCGCCUCUGCGUCGCCUGCUUUUCCUUCGGUGCUACACAGCAGCAACAGCAAGCUGCUGCUUCUCCCCCGUCUUUCUCGGUGAUAGAAGUUCCCGAUGUUUCUGCUGCAGCCGCAGCCGCAGCAGCCGCAGUAGAGGCGGCGAAAGAGAGGGGAGAGGAUGUCGAGGCAGCAUCUUGUUUUGACCCCAUUCCAAACCCCCAGCAGCAGCUGCUUGAUCUCCUGCAGGAGCAGUUGCAGAAGCUUGGAGAAACUGCCACGGGCGGGACUGUUGCCACCCCAGGGGAAGCCAGUGGUGACGUAGCUGCACCGUCAGUGCCUCCCGCCCGAGCUGCUGCUGCAAUUUCUGCAGCAGCAGCCAAAGCAGCAGCGUACGAGAAGGCCCUAGUCCGGCUUCUUGCAUGGCAGGUGCUGCCUUCAGCGGACUCCACAGACUUCUUGUGGAGCGCAUCCGGGACUGCUCUCCUUGUAGUGGCCAGCACGACCGUUGAUGCAACAGGAGAAAAUUAUGGUGGAGUGGGGGACUGUUGGGCAGUCUGUCUUGGGACGCCGCAGCAUCCGCAGGCUGUUUCGGCGUUGCAGUGCAUUCAGCGCACGGCCUCGCAGCAACAGCAGCAGCAGGAGGAGCCUCCGCUGUCGCUUUAUUGCUGCGUCAGGCGCAUUAGCAAGAAGAUAGUGCAGGAUGUCAAGUGGAGUCCCACCAGGGAUGAAUUUGUCCUUAUAGAGGGGAAGUCGCCCAGUGACAUCGUGCUAUUUGACCGCCAAGGCCGCACGCAAUUCGUCUUUCCACGUCGGUAUCGGAACUUCGUUUCUUUCUGCCCCUUUGGCCAGAUGGCGGUGGUCGCUGGCUUUGGCAAUUUGGCAGGGGAGGUUAGUUUCUACUUCAGGGAUAAGGCCUCUCAGGGUAUGCAGCACAUCAGCGAGUUUAGGGCUCCAUGCACUGUCUUGGCUCUGUGGGCUCCUUGCGGCUCCUACUUUGCAACGGCGUCCACAUAUCCCCGCAUGAAGGUCGACAAUAGUCUGAGCGUCCUAGAUUAUAGAGGAGAAUCUGUGCAGCGCCUGCAGUUUGAUGAGCUCUAUCAUAUCGCGUGGAAGCCGGAAUCUGACUUGGAACCUCCAUGUGCGCCCCAGCCAAAUGAGCGUCUGCUGGCGGCUGCCGAAAGUCAAGCAUUCCGGCCGAGAGGAGCAACCCAUCAGAGACGAAUCACUACCCGCAUCAUGAACGGCGAGGCAGUGGACGAUUCUGAACUGCCUGAGGACCUACGAAGGCAACGCGAGCAGAUGAGGCGUCGCAAGACCGCUGCUGCCGCUGCUGCAGCUAAGAGGAAGGAAGCAGAGGUUGUGGAGCUGGAGUGGCGACGCCAGCCAAAGGCCGAACCGAAAGUGUCUCCUGAGGAGCCAGCAGUGGGAGCUCCAGGAGUAGCUGCUGCUGCUUUUGGGGAGGGAAAGCAGCGAGGAGGAAGCUGCACCAGCAACGCGUCGCAGGCGAGCAGUGCAAGUAGGACCUCUGUGGCUCCAACGACGGGGCGUCAACAGCCCCAGCAGGAUGCUGUGUCAAGUGCUCCGGCGAGUGCUUCUUCUUCGGGCGAUGAAGCUGCUCAGGAUGCCCAGAAUGCUGCAGCAAAGGAGCAGCCGCACGGUCAGCAGGAACAGCAAGACCAGCUCCACCAACAGCAGCAAAACAUGCGACGCAAGGCGGGGGAUCUGGGACCAGACUGUGCUGCUGCAAGCGGAGUAGACGACUUGACUGCAUUGCUGGAGCAGCAGUCUCUCCAGCACCCCCAGCAGCAGCAGCGCCAGCAACAGUGGCAAUCGCAGCAACACUGGCAGCAGCAGCAGCUACAGCAGCAAGUGCAGCAGCAACAGCUGCAGCAACAGCAGCUCCAGCAGCAGCAGAUACAACAACAGCAGCUACACCAGCAGCAGCUCCAGCAGCAGCAGCAACUACAACAGCAACAGUUGCAACAGCAGCAGGGAGUUCGUUCUUCAGGGACGCAACAGCCAUUAACGGCUGCUGGCCUCCAAGUGCUGGGGCCAGCCCAUCCAGGCGUCGGCGUUAUCGGUUCCCAGGUGCGGCAGCCACAACAACAACAGCAGUUGACGCCUCAGCAGCAGCAGCAGCUGCUUCAGCAUCUGCAGCAGCAGCUGCAAAUGCAGCAGACAGGAAACGGCGCCUACUCCCGUGUACCAGGACACAAUUCACAGCAGCUGCAGCAAUUGUCGGCUGAAGAGCUGUCUGCAGCACUGCGGAUGAUGCUACCAAACCUGCCCACAACGCAGCAGAAUCAAGCAUUGCGGCAGCAGCAGUGGCAACAGAGCAACCGUGGAGAAAAUGCCCUCAGCGCCAUAGCUGCUGCUGCUGCGCGACAGCAGCAGCAGCAGCAGCUGUUGCUCCUGAGACAACAACAACAGCAACAGGACCUGCAGCAGCAACAACAACAGUUGGAGGCCCAGCUCCGGCCGCUGCUUCAGCAGCUACAGCGUGGCAGCGGGGAGUCGGCACUGGGUCGGGGAGCCGCUACAAUGCAGCAGCAGCAGAAGGCACUGGCUCUGCUGCGUGCGGCUGCUGCACAGCAACAGAAACACCAGCAACAGCAACGCAAUCUGACUCUUCAGCAGCAGCAAGCGCUGCAGCAGCAGCAGCAAGAACUGCAGCGCCAGCAGCAGCUGCGGCAGCAACAGCAACUGCUGCAGCUGCAGCAGCAGUCAGAGCUGCAACGGGAUGGCAGCCUAGAUUUGCAGCUGCAGCAGCAGCAACGCCAGUCCGCUUCAGCAUCAUCAGCUGCGGCAACCUUGAUGAACCUGCCAAGAGAAGCCCGCUUACUCCUGCAGCGACUGCAGCAAAGUGAAGGGGCGCAGAAGACAGCGCAGCUCCUGCAGCAGCUGCAACAGCAGCAGCAGCAACAGCUGGAACUCGAGGAGGUCCAACAGCAGCAUUACCGCGGACCUCGUUCCAGUGCUGCAGCGCAACAAAGGCACGGUCUUAGGCAGCAAACUUGGGACAGCGGGGCUGACAGUGAGCCUCAACAACAAUUCACUCGGCAGCAACAAAUGCAGCUGAUGCAACAGUUACAGCAGCAAAACAAACAGCAGCCGCAGCAGCAGCAGCUGCAACAGCAGCAAUUGCUCCUGCAGCAGCAAAUGCAGCAGCAUCAGCAGCAACAGCUGCAAGGGCAGCAGUUGCUGCAGCAACAGCAGCAGCUGCAGCAGUUCUUGCAGCAACAGCAGCAGCAACAGCAACAGCAACAACAGAGGCAGCAUCAACAGGGACGAAGGCCAGACGCAAUGAACGAAAAAUGCUGGCAGUACAUUGACCCAAAGGGCAAUGUUCAGGGUCCAUUUUACAUUAAAGAAAUGUUCGUGUGGAACACUAUGGGCUAUUUCGAUCCUGGACUGCCGGUGCGCUGCUGCACCUCUGACAGAUUCGUCCCUCUGAACAAAAUGUACCCUCCACCUGUGCGACCCUUUUUGCUUCCACCUAAACCGCAAGCAGCAGCCGCUGCAGCUGCAGGGUUUGGAACGAGCAGCGGGGGAAUACCUUCAGCGUCGAACACUCCAACAGCGGGGGCCCCUGCUUCGGCACCGGCUGUUGCUAGCGCUGAUGAUGGCAAUAGCAACAGCGGCACUGCAGGCACUGGCGGGCUUUCCGUUGGUGACAUAGGUGCUCUAGCUGGUGCUUCCGGGGGCAGUACAGCCCAAGGCAGCAACGAUGCGCGCAGUUAA